AUGCGGCAGCAGGACUUGCCGGUGGGCUGCGCGGUGGGAGAGGAGGAGGAAGAGGAAUCACAAAGGCCGCCGGGUCUGGGCCCCGAGCAGCAGGCAGUGUCCUCCACCGAGGUGGUGGCACUGGUGAGGAGCAGCGGGAGGAGCCUAAAGUUCUGCUUCGGUCCUGUUCUAGACUCCGGGAGGAAUGCCAAGGAGAACACCUGGAGUCAGGGCUGGAGGGCCCCAGAGAGGAAGGGGCAGUGUGAGGAUGCCCUGGACAGUGGGGGCACAGAGAAACUUUGUGGGACAGCCGGGCUGGCUGGAGGCCUCCCCAAGUCUCUCCCCCUGUUCUGUCCCCAGGAGGCGAGGGACACUGGCGAGAGGAAGGAGCCGGACUGGGCCCAGACGCAGCCUCAGGAGCCCACGGCGACCGCGGGUGUGCAGAACCAGGGGAGCAGCAGCUGGCAGAGCUUCAUGAAGUGCUUGCUGGAGGUGGAGGAGGAGGAGGCCACGCAGCGAAGGGCCCCCAGGGCUCGAGCCCUGCCAAGCCGGAAGUCUCCCAGGACCCUGACCCCCGUGUCCACCUCAGCCUCGAGCCUGCCUCUGACGCUGCCUCAGACCCCGGCCUCGGCCCCCACGGCACCCCCUUCCUGGGCCCGGCCACCGGCCCCCGGGCCGGCCCCUGCCCCUGCCCCCGUGGGAGCCCCCGCCCCAGCCUCCGCACCUGGCACGGUCCUGCCGGCGCCCGCCCCGGAGGUAGGCUGGAGAAAGGCAGCACUCCUGCACCAGGGCGGCGAGAGGGGCCUGAGCCACGCCAAGGCACGGCAGGAGCUGGAGGAGGGCUGCCCGCUGCAGCUGCCUCAGAACUGGGAGGAGCUGGUGGAGGAGCACCUCACCCUGAAGCAGGAGGAAGCCUUCCACAGCUACUUUGAGAUCUUCAGUGGCCACGGUGAGGUGGACGCACGCAGCCUGGAGAGCGUCCUGCUCCUCGUGGGCAUCUCCCUGACGCCGGCCCAGGUGGAGGAGGCCCUGAUGAGCGCCGACGUGGACGGAGAUGGUCACGUGGGCUUCAAAGACUUCUUGGCCGUAAUGACGGACACCAAGCGCUUCUUCUGCUCCGUGGAACAGAACGCCUCGACGGACGUGGCUCCCCCGAAUCCCCACACUCUGCUCUUCGAGAUCCUGUCCCUGCUGGUGGAGAUGCUGGCCUUACCCGAGGCAGCCUUAGAGGAGAUCACCAACUAUUACCAGAAGAAGCUGAAGGAAGGCACGGGUAAGACCCACGAGAUGGAAUCAGCCAUAGGCCGGCUGCGGUCCCGGAAGAAGCUUCCCUACAACCCGCAGCUGGCAGACACCUUGGAAGUCCCAGAACGGAGGGUCCUCAGGAUCCUGAGUCGCCUGAAGCAGCAGAACUAUGCUGCCAACCUGCAGAGCCCCUACGCCCAGGUGCCCUGCGUCCCACUCUGCCCGAGGCUGGACAAGAUGGUCGGCAGGAAGCAGGGCAGCCACUACGUGCUGGACCAGUGCAACCCCAUCGGCCUGGGCUCCGACAUCCAUAGCCUCCUAAUCCAGCCAGGAUCUCGAGGAAGCAGGGACCACAGCUCUGGGCCGGCUCGAACCCACUGACCCUGCAGAGUCCUGACUCUGGACAGCUGCUCAAGGCCUGCGGACACAUGUCAUCAGGCAGGGACACUGCUGGAUUUUGCUUUUGUGGCCUGGUAAGCCAAUAAACACCAAGAAUCUC